AAUCUCUGCGAGUUGUUCGCCCAGUCCGUUCGACAGUACCCAGAGAAUCUUGCUGUUGAUCACGAAGAUGGAGUCCUGACGUUUAGGGAACUUGACAAUGUAUCCUCAUCUCUGGCUCAUGAUCUAUCACUGUUGGGAGUUGGCCGUGGAUCACCUGUGUUGCUGGUAACAGCUCAUGGAACCUUCAACAUCAUCGCAAUUCUCGCCAUCCUCAAGGCUGGUGGUUGCUUUGUGCCGAUUGACCGCAAGGCAUGGUCCCCAGAGAUGAUCGACUACGUCUGUGAGACUGUCGAAAGCCAGGUCAUCAUCAAUACCACGUCAGAACCGUUCGAGUGCGCCAACAGAUCGCGUUACGUCUUGCACAUCACGACACUUCCUCCCCCAUCCAGCUCCCACACGCCUUCAUCCUCUCCAAACCCAAGCGACGAUGCCUGCAUCAUCUUUACCAGUGGCAGUACGGGACGCCCUAAAGGUGUCAUCCUCUCGCACAAAGCCUUCUGUUUAUACUCACAGACGAGCCCCAUGAAUCUCGACAUGAUACCCGGAGAUAGACUACUCCAUAUCUUGUCAGUCGCUUUUGAUGCUUGCGCCUGCAUGCUUUUCUCCGCCCUGGGAAAUGGCGGCACAGUGGUCCCGGCGCAAGCGGAAGACAUCUGCGCCAAAGCCUCCUCAUGCACGGUAAUGGCAGCGACGCCAUCAAUAUUGACUACUCUCAUGACAUCAACGCCAGACUCCGACUUUAUGGGUAACAUCCACACCGUCAUCCUUGGCGGUGAAACAGCAACCUCGGAUCUACUUGCAUCCCUGUUAGAUGCUGGUGUUCGAGUCCUGAUCGGAUAUGGAGCGACAGAGACGACCUCCAUGGGCUCUGUACACGUUGUAUCUCGUGAUCCAGUUACGAAGACAAUCAUUCCCCAGCUCAUCGGGAGCUCAAUCGAGGAAAGCCCAAUUUGGCUUGUCGGCGACAACCUGGAAGCUAUCGACGACGACUUCACCGAGGGCGAGAUAUUCAUUGCCGGGGACGGUGUCUCUCGUGGAUAUUACCAGGACGACGUCCGGACCAACAACAAUUUCAUCCUGUGGAACUCGAAACGAGUGUAUAGGACCGGCGACUACGGUCGAUGGGUGCCGAAUCCCGAAGGUGGCCGGUUGAUCGAGUUCUGUGGCCGAAAAGAUCGAACCGUCAAGAACGGCGGCUUCCUCGUGAACCUGGACCGAGAUGUUGAGAAUGCUCUUAGGCGUGCAGGAAUGCUUCUCGGAGUCACGUCUGUCUGUGCCGCAGUUACAGAAGACGGCAUCAUCGCAGUCGUGACGCCAGAAACGGUUGACAUCAUGGAGCUAUUGGCAGUGGCGAGGCAAACCAUGUGCUCAUACUGCAUCCCAUAUCGGAUCGAGGCUGUCGAGUCAUUUCCAGUGUCGCCAAACGGAAAGGUGCAGCAUAAGAAGGUCCUAGAGAUCAUUUCAACAAUAGAUGGUGGCAAAGUCAAGCAGCAGUCUGUGGUGACAACUUCUGCCCUUGUAUCGCAGGCGCCAGAUACUGAGACACUGGAGAAACAAGACCGGCUCUCCAAGAUUCUCAAUGCAGCUUCAAAUCUUUUUGGCCGCUUAGGUGAUAAUGGGAGGCAGAUACAGCCGAGUGAUUCAUUCUUGAGGCUGGGCGGUUCCUCGCUAUUGGCGUUCAAGCUUGUCUCUGCCCUUCGCCAGUUGGACCUCAACAUCUCACCGAGAGAUCUCUUCAGCUGCCGAACAUUUGAGGAGGUAGCCAAAAGCUCAGUCAGCACAGUUGCGGUUGGUAUGGGAUCAUCGAAAGCAUCAGCAGACGAGAGUUUCGCCGUCACGCAGAAGUUGGCAGCGCUCCGAAGCCAAGCUCGGAGUGUACUUGCGCUGAAAGACGAAGCCUUUGAUAUCGGCCCUUUGACCAGUCUACAGCUCACUUUCGCCUUUCCAACCUUGAGCUGCAGCUCAAAGAACGUCAACCAGAUCAAAGUGGCCUACGCAGGUCGGCAUGCCACCAUGAUGGAGAGAGCAUGGCGAGCGGUUUGGCAAGCUGAGCCUGUGUUCAGAACGGAGAUUUGCCUCGCCGUUGGAUGCGGCGCCCAAAUUAUUCACAAGAGACCGUUCAGAAAGCACAGGAUACAGUUAUUCAACAACCUGGCCGACUAUGAAGACGCGGUCCAGAAUGCUGAUAUGGGCGUUGGACUGGGUUGCUCGCUGGAGUUUGUUGCAUAUCAUCCAGAUGCGGCCACAGCAAGCACGCCAACACUUCGUAUUCCAAAGGACGUCAAUGAACUCACUGUCGUCUUGACAGCCCAUCACAGCUUAAUGGAUGGCGUCUCACUGCAAUUGCUGCUGGACAAGGUUGAGAGCGUUGCAAGAGGACGGCAGCUUCCACGCAGCCCCAGUUCAGUAGAAGCGAACCUUGAGCUCAUAUCCCUGCAACAAAAGAAAGACGCCGAAGCGAGAGAAUUCUUUGCCGAGUAUCUGAAAGAUGUUCGUCUCACAAAUGGCUCCCUCAAAGAGCGCAACGUCGCCAAUGGAGAAGCGAGGGAUUCUGCGAAACGCCACAACACCGUUUUAUUCGGAUCGUCUGUCUCCAGUCACGAGAUCGCUGAUUUUGCGAGUCAGAACUGUCUAUCGGCAGCUUGUGUCUAUUACACUGCUUGGGCAAUGGCAAUAGGCACUUUUGAGAGAACCACUACAGUCACAAUCGGCUCGGUGUUCUCGAAUAGAGCAUCGCUGCCUGAGCAUCAGAACACAAUUGGCUUAUACAUGUCGACCUUACCCUUGGUAGUCCAUCUGAAAGAAGAUAGACAGGUGAUGGACCUCCUUCACAAGGUCAUGAACGAUAUACUCACCUUGGGAGAGUAUGCCUGGGCACGAUCGGAUCAAGUCGGCAUGGGGAGCUCGAUGAGCAGUCUAGUCGCGCUUCAACCGGCGCUGCCAGAUGAGCAUUCCAAUCCUCCAGCUGUUCGCGCUGAGUCCAUCGAGAACAGCGCUUUCCCGCUGUCGUUACUGAUAGAAUCCAAUGGCGAGUUUCGCAUCCUUUACGACGACGAUAGCUUUGACGAAUACACGAUUCGGAGGCUAGGCGGCCACUUCAAGCAAGCGCUUCGUGGCGUAUUGCAGCAUGCUCUCGUGGAAGACUGCAUGAGGCUGAAUGAGCUUCAGGAGGCGGCACAUCAACAAGCAGAGGCAGUGAGAAUCCUGCAGACUGAAACGACGGUAAAGCAAACCCUGGAAGACGCCAUCGACCGGUUUCCCGCAAACAUUGCCAUCGAAGACCAUCGAGGUGUAGCGCUCACCUAUGGUGAGCUCGAGCAGCAAACCAACGUUAUCGCCAGUAUUGUCCACAGGCAUCUGACCGACACCGAUGCCGCUGCUGUUGCGGUAUAUGGCGACGGAUCAGUUGGGUGGCUGUUAGGCCUGCUCGGGAUCCUCAAAACGAACCGCGCCUUUGUUCCCCUUGACCCGAAGUGGCCGAUGGAACGAAAAGCCAUGGUGCUUGAAGCAAGCGGGGCGGUUGAUGUGCUUGUCCCAAACGCUGCGCAGCAAGAUGAGGUGCCGAGGAUAGCAGGAAAGCAAGCAAUGGUUGUAGAGGACAUGCUCUCCAAGGUGACUGGCAAUCAAGAUGUUGCAAGGCUCCCAGAUGUUGGCUCGCCAGAGUCUGUUCUCGUCUACAUAUUCACAUCUGGAACUACGGGAGCACCAAAGGGUAUCCCUACGACCAACAGAUCCUUCUUGGCCUUUCAGAGCAAUCCAGAAGCCACCAUGUUUGCAGCCCCUGGGCGACGGAUUGCCCAGUUCAUGUCGCCCGCUUUUGAUGCGUGCAACGAGGAGAUAUUCUCUGCGUUGUUGCACGGAGCUACGCUUGUGCUUCGGGAUCCCGCAGAUCCUUAUGCCCAUUUUCGAAGAGUUAAUACAGUGACGAUGACGCCGGCGGUUCUCUCCGUUUUGGAACCAGAUGAGUAUCCAAAUCUUGAGAUUGUCUACGCCACUGGAGAAGCAAUCACGGCUCCCAUCAUCCAGAAAUUUGCCGCAAAGAAGUUGCUGUACAAUGCCUACGGGCCAGCAGAGUGCUCGAUCAGUACCUCCUUUGAACGCAUGAUCCAAGGAGACACCAUCACCAUCGGAACGCCUUCUGCCACAGCUCGCAUGUAUCUCCUUGACGAGCAGCAGAAACCCGUACCCAAAGGAGUGCAAGGAGAGAUCUAUCUCGCGGGUGUACAAGUACUGCAAGGAUACAUCAACGCACCUGAACAGACGGCCUUGCGCGUGCUACCCGAUCCGUGGCAUCCAAACGAGAGGAUGUAUCGCACGGGCGACUACGGAUUCCGCGAGAAAGAUGGCCGAGUCGUCUACAUAGGGCGGAUGGACCGUCAAGUCAAGAUUCGCGGAUUCCGCAUCGAGCUCGAUGGAGUAGAGCACGCUGUCCUGUCGGAGCCGACUGUCGAUGGAAUUUCCCAGUGUGUUGUUCUUGCGGUUGAUGGAACGCUCGUGGCAUAUGUCAUGUUUGUGUUUAUGGGAGUUGAAAUCUCGACGGAAGCACGAAUCAGACAGCUUCGUGACAGGCUGGAGAGGACACUGCUUCCGUCAUGGGUGCCCCAGCAGAUCAUCGCGAUAGAUGACUUUCCGCGAUCGGUGAAUGGCAAAGUCGAUAACAAAGCUUUGGAAGAGAUGUACAGGUCAAAGUCAUUCCUCCGUCAUGAGGCUGAUCACGAGCCAUCAAUGCCGACGAGCGAGAGUGUCGUUUCCAAACUCGCAGAGGCGUGGCGCGAAGUCCUUCAACUCGGGCCUCAAGUGGGCCUAGAACCAUCAGACAACUUCUUCGCUCUCGGUGGUCACUCAGUAUUAGUUCUUCUCCUAGCGACAAAACUAACCGCAAUCUUCGACGUCGAAAUUACAGCCCGCGAGAUACUCCCAUCUCCCUCUUUCCAGGCCCAGGUCGAUACGGUAGAAAGGCUACUUGGAGCGAAGGCGUCAGAAUCUGGCAUGACAGGCUCGAAGAGUAAUCAAGCACUACCACCAGAGGAAGUGACGGAGCUGGAACGACAAGUCUGGUUCCAGUAUCAGGUUGGCACCACUGUUACCGCCUUCAACAUCGCCAACGUUCUCACUCUUCAUGGCCAAGUCGAUUACACCAGGCUCGUGGAUUCUUUCAACACCGCAUUAGCAUCCGAUCCGGUCUUUCGCUCCAACUUUGCUGAAGGGUCUGAUGGUGUGAGGAGGGUCCUCCGAGUCUCUGCGCCGCGAGUUUCUCAAGUUGAGGAGCUAGACAUCACGGCAGAGGUGAACCAUGCAUUUGACUUGGCUCACGAUGAACUGAUCCGCGUCCACAUCCUACGCCAACCAGGCGACAGUGGGAAUGGAGAGAGCAGUCCAAAAGUUGAGAUUGUCAUUGUCACCUCACAUAGCAUCGCUGAUCUCGGCACCCUGCAGAAUCUGUUACGCCUCGUGUCCGACGCGUAUGCUGGGAAAAGUGUAAAGGUGCACGAAACGCCGCAGCAUCUCAAAUCGAGUCGAUGGCACUACUCCCCUUCACAAUCUGAGCAAGAGUUCUGGAGAGCCUACCUCGCUGGACAUGAUGCGAGAAGCUCUGAAGCCUCUUGUUUCAACAUCCCGCUUCUGCCGUCUGCGACUGCAGCUUUCCAGGGGGCAUCCCGUACUCUUGAGUUCAAUGGAGAUGUCAUUAUCAAGCUCAACUCACUGAUCAAAAGACUGGGCAUCACCCAUCAUCACAUGGCGCUCACUAUUGCUGCUCUUCUGUCGCGCUCGGUUCUGGGUGAAGACGACGUUAUACUCGGGACUCCCAACGCCAACCGUCCGUCUUCGCAUGAACGCGAGUCACUGGGGCAGUUUCUCGACCGGCUUCCUGUCCGCAUCAGACUCGACAACUCACGAUUAUCUCAAGAUGGAGGAACCAAUCAGAUCCUGACCAACGUCCGUGACUCGGCUGUCCAAGCUCUAGCCAACGCAAUACCCUUCUCCAGAAUCUUGGAGGCACUCAACAUCUCAGGCGGUCACCUCGAGCAUCCCAUAUUCAAUUGCAUGGUGACGUUUCAUCCUCUUCAAACGAGCCUUUCUACGUGGCUGAAGUUGCCAAACUGCGACGUCACAGUGUCUCCUCGCUUUGCUGAGGGAGCCAAGUUUCCGUUAAUGCUCGAGUGGUUCGAGCUCGAUACAAACCGCUGGUCGCUACACAUUGAGCAUGACACGCAUCGUCUAUCAUCGGCUCUAAUUGACACCGUUGAAGAUGUGCUACAAGUCAUCUUGGAAGCAAUUGCAGACGAAUCUUCUCUGGGAGAACUACAUGCCCGUCUUGCUACUGUGACUGGACUCGAUCCCAUGAAUGACUCUUUGAGAACCAGCAAUGCUAACCAGCAUGGCUUGGUAACCGUCUCAGAAGUCAUCGGCAUCAUCCAGAGGGAAAUGGCAGUAUGCUUGGGUCGGCCCGAAGUUGAGAUUUUGCCGGAUACGUCUUUCUUUUCGGCUGGGGCUGAUUCUAAUGCUGCUGUUAUGCUGCGGCAUCAACUGCGGGCUCUAGGAUUGGAAGUGCCAUUGCGGGCGAUAUUC